UGUGCUGAAGGAACUGCAGGAAAACGUUGUGGUGCUCACUGGGAAAUUCGGAACUGUGUUAUAAUCUCGGUGUGUCUCUUUACGUCACCACUGACAAACAUCAUCCUGUUCAUCGCUCUCAGCCUGAUAGCAGAGUGAAAAGACACGUUUCCGGUUCUCAGGUCGACGUGACUCUCCUCCUCUCUCUCACUGAAGGAAUAUGAGACAAGAACAUGAGAUUUGCUACAGGGACCGAGUGCGUGCGCUCUACCGGGUGUCCGCGUGAUAGAAGGUGGAUAAACACUAUGCAGGGGCGCAGAUUAGUGCGGGAACGCGCGCGUCACGCGCUGCAGUCGGUGUAAGAAUAUUUGGUCAAAUGCACGCGCACCGUUGAACUUAUCAAUACCUCUUAAUCAUACGCGUCGGCUGUUCGGAGUCGAUUCACUGGUGUACCGGACCCGUGUUCACUUCUUUUUUCCCACAGCGAACGAGAGCGCCCCCACCCUCCUUUCUCCUUUACGGUGACCCCCUCCCCCUCCUGCUAACGGAGAGGACCAAGAGGAAAGAGGAGCCGCUGGUCGUUCGAGGAGGAAACUGCCGAGCCGAGACAAGUCGAAGGACGCGCGGCGGAAUCAUGUGCACGUCCUCGCGCGCAGCUUACAGCGCGGAAACCCGGAGUACGAGACGCUAUGAUCGGCCGGAACCGUCACCGUCGCCCUUCUACCACUAACGUUUGUUCCGUUUGUUUAGAAGGGAUUUUGUAACGCUUCAACACCGGAGUCCGCCUGAAGGAUGACACCUCAUCUGUGAAGAAACCAAGCAAACGAUCGAUGAUCCAUUUUCGUUUCUUUUUAUUUUACUAGCUGUGAUUGUGAAGAAAUGAACAAUUUACCGUCAAAUCUUUAUUUAUAAGGUCGGGAUGACUGAUGCCGGUAAUCUGUGUGGUGACGAGAGCGUGAGGCGUCGGGAGGCAGAAUGAGCAUCACUACACUGUUCCGAAUAUUGCGGAUGUUUCGAAAUAAAUAAAUAAAUAAAUAAUACACCGAUUUCUCCCCAUUUAUCCUGGACGGAAAAGACGUGAACGGGUCCCACAGAUUUUUUUUCAUAAUGCUGAGUUGGAAAAAAAAGGUCAAAGACGUUAAAAUCUGGUUCUUUUACAGAAAGAUGUGAAGCCUUUAUGGCCUUUACAGAGCGAGCGGUGCAGAAGAGACCGUGUCCGUUUCCGAGCUGUCUAACAGAAGGACAAGCUUUUUUUCUACAAACUCAUUACGAUGGAUCCACAGAAAAGAUGAAGGUUUCUACAGAUUAUACAGAGGGGAGAUUUGAGCCAAUGACGGGCGGUGAUGUGGAUGUAAAAAUGAGGUGAAAAAGAAACAGCCAUCUGAAUUGCAGUGAACAAGGAGACUGAACGACCCGUUUUAAUUAUUUCUCUCUUUUUAUUUAUUUAUUACUUUUUUUUUUUUGCUAAUCAACCCUCGGCGCCUGGAUCUCUUUUUUUUUCUUUUAAUUUUUCCUUUUACACGUGAGAUAAACACAGCACGUAAAUCUCGCGCGCCCCCGGUAUGUGAUGUGUGGGAUGUAAUGGUCGUCGCGCGGAACCUUCACCCCCUUCUUCCCUCCCGCUUCGUGAAGACUGGCGUUCGGCGCGUGCAGAAUGGCGCGGUUCACAGACGAGGCGCCGGCCCGGUACGGUGGAGGUGGCAGUGCAGUGGCGCAUGCGCACGGGCAGGGCGGCGCGGCGCGCGGGGCCAGCAGGCAGGGCGGCCCACCAGGAGCGCAGCGCGUGUACAAGCAGUCGAUGGCCCAGCGCGCGCGCACCAUGGCCCUGUACAACCCAAUCCCAGUGCGACAGAACUGCCUCACCGUCAACCGCUCCCUCUUCAUCUUCAGCGAGGACAACUUUGUGAGAAAAUACGCCAAAAAGAUCACCGAGUGGCCUCCUUUUGAGUACAUGAUCUUGGCCACAAUCAUCGCUAACUGCAUUGUCCUGGCGCUGGAGCAGCAUCUUCCUGAUGGUGACAAGACACCAAUGUCUGAGCGCCUGGAUGACACAGAACCGUAUUUCAUCGGCAUCUUCUGCUUUGAAUCUGGCAUUAAGAUUCUGGCUUUGGGUUUUGCCUUCCAUAAGGGCUCCUACCUCCGAAAUGGCUGGAACGUCAUGGACUUUGUAGUGGUGCUGACUGGAAUUCUAUCGACAGUGGGUUCAGACUUUGACCUGCGGACGCUGCGGGCUGUCAGAGUGCUGAGACCCUUGAAGCUGGUGUCUGGAAUUCCCAGCCUGCAGGUAGUGCUCAAAUCCAUCAUGAAGGCUAUGAUCCCUCUGCUGCAGAUUGGCCUGCUGCUUUUCUUCGCCAUUCUCAUGUUUGCCAUCAUUGGCCUUGAGUUCUACAUUGGCAAAUUUCACACCACCUGUUUCGAUGACAUCACCGAGGAAAUCCGGGAAGAGUUUCCAUGUGGAACUGAGCUUCCCUCUCGACUCUGUCCAAAUGGUACGACCUGUAGAAAAUACUGGCUUGGACCGAACUACGGAAUCACACAGUUUGACAACAUCCUGUUUGCCGUCCUCACCGUCUUCCAGUGCAUCACUAUGGAGGGCUGGACAGAUCUCCUGUACUAUAGUGAUGACGCCUCAGGCAGUGCAUGGAACUGGAUGUAUUUCGUCCCCCUCAUCAUCAUCGGCUCUUUCUUCAUGCUCAACCUGGUACUUGGAGUGCUGUCUGGUGAGUUUGCAAAAGAGCGAGAAAGAGUAGAGAACCGAAGUGAGUUCCUAAAGCUGAGGCGUCAGCAACAGAUUGAGAGAGAACUGAACGGAUAUCUGGAGUGGAUCUGCAAAGCUGAAGAAGUGAUUCUCGCUGAUGAAGUGAAUGAUGGUGAUGAACGGAUGCCAUUUGAUGGAUCACGGAGAAGACCAACACUGAAGAAGAGCAAAAAUGACCUGCUGAACCCAGACGAGGGAGAUGGAGACCUCGCGUUAGGGUCUCCGUUUGCUCGUGCCAGCCUGAAGAGCUCCAAGCUUGAGGGUUCAUCCUUCAGAAAAAAGGAACGGCGACUGCGUUUUUUUAUCCGUCACAUUGUAAAAACGCAGGCUUUCUACUGGACUGUUCUGUGUUUAGUUGGUCUGAACACGCUGUGUGUGGCUGUAGUCCACUACGACCAGCCUGAGCUGCUGUCUGACUUCUUGUACUUUGCAGAGUUCAUAUUUCUGGGUAUUUUCAUGUCAGAGAUGUGUAUUAAGAUGUAUGGACUUGGGACUCGGCCAUAUUUUCACUCAUCCUUUAACUGCUUCGACUGUAUCGUCAUAUGUGGCAGUAUAUUUGAGGUGCUCUGGGCCAUGAUCCAGCCAGGAACAUCAUUUGGGAUUAGUGUACUACGAGCUCUCAGGUUACUAAGGAUCUUUAAAGUGACCAAAUACUGGGCCUCCUUGAGGAACCUAGUGGUGUCUCUGCUGAACUCCAUGAAGUCCAUCAUCAGCUUGCUCUUCCUCCUCUUCCUCUUCAUUGUGGUCUUUGCACUGCUUGGCAUGCAGCUGUUUGGAGGACAGUUUAAUUUUGAAUCGGGAACGCCGCCGACUAACUUCGAUACGUUUCCCGCAGCAAUAAUGACCGUGUUCCAGAUUCUGACAGGUGAAGACUGGAACAUGGUGAUGUAUGAUGGCAUUGAGUCUCAGGGAGGAGUCAACACAGGCAUGGUGUUCUCCAUCUUCUUCAUUGUUCUCACACUCUUUGGCAACUAUACAUUGCUGAAUGUGUUCUUGGCCAUUGCUGUAGACAAUCUAGCCAACGCACAAGAAUUGACAAAGGAUGAACAAGAGGAAGAGGAAGCAGCCAAUCAGAAAAUGGCUCUUCAGAAAGCAAAGGAAGUGGCAGAAGUGAGUCCACUGUCUGCUGCCAAUCUCUCCAUUGCAGCCGUGACAGUUAACUCUGAGCGUCUCAGCACCUCUGAACCCUUUCUUCAGUGUAAGGAGCAGCAAAAGAACCAUAAAGGUUCUAAGUCAGUGUGGGAGCAGCGCACUAGCGAGCUCCGAAGACAGACACUGAUGACCAGCAGAGAGGCGCUGUACAAUGAGCUGGACCCCGAGGACCGCUGGAAGGUGUCAUACUCCCGCCACAUCCGACCUGAUAUGAAGACUCACCUAGACCGGCCACUUGUUGUGGAUCCUCAAGAAAACCGAAACAACAACACUAACAAGAACCGACCAGGAGAGGGACCUCUUUUCCAUUCUACAGUAGGAGGUGGGGUAAGAGGAGCGGGAUCUGCUGUAGCCCGGAAACUAGAGAGAGGAGAAUCCACAGAAUCUCACCAAGGCUACAGGAAAGGUGAGAAUCAGAGCCAUGCUGGCACUGAGAGCACCGAGGUCGGCACGAAGGAUCCACACCGGAAGAGAGAACAUCGCGGGCAGAGAUCUGGGCGCUCUCGACAACACCGUAAGGCUCUGGAUGUAGAAUCUGAGAAUGGUUUAGGAGGAGGAGGAGGCAGGAGGCACCGAAAUAAAGGCACAGAGGUGGGGGUAGAAAGCGAGCAAGCAGAUGGACCUGAGCGAAGGCAGAGGUGUCACAGACAUGGAGAGAAAGAAGGGAGGAGGGAAAGAGGAGAGCAGGGGGAGAGGGGCCGACACCGCAGGAAUUCUCUUUCUCUCUCUUUCUGCAGGGAGGGACCUACUCUGUCCACCACUCGUCCCAUUCAGAAGACUUUGUCUAGGCAGGACAGCCAAUACAGUGAGGACCUGGACAAUGUGAUGAACAGCAAGCUUGCUACCCAGCCAUUAGUUCCCUCAGAUACCCGUGGGCCAAGCAGCCGUUCCACACCCCACUCCAGCCUCCUGAGCCUGGUUAGCAGCACCCACGGUUCCCGCCUGGCUCCUGUGGGCACAGAGAGUAGCUUCAUUCUCCCCAAUCCUGUGUCCACCACCAUUAACCUUGCUCAUCUAGAUGCCAAGCCAAACUACACAGCCAUAGACAUGCCACCCAUGUUCCCGUCUGCCAACGCCAUUCUGCAGGUCAAUAAGAAUGCCAACACAGAACCGCUGCCCAAAAAAGAGGAUACGAAAGGUGACGAUGAUGAUGAUGACAAAGAUGACGGAGGGCCUAAACCUAUGCCCCCUUACAGCUCUAUGUUCAUCCUGUCCACAACUAACCCGUUUCGCAGGAUGUGUCACUACAUCGUAACCCUGAGGUACUUUGAGAUGUGCAUUUUGCUGGUCAUUGCUAUGAGCAGUAUUGCUCUUGCUGCUGAAGACCCAGUGUGGCCCGAAUCCCCCCGGAACAAUGUUCUACGUUAUUUUGAUUACGUCUUCACAGGUGUGUUCACCUUUGAGAUGCUUAUAAAGAUGGUGGACCUAGGUUUGGUACUUCAUCAAGGAUCCUACUUUCGUGACCUGUGGAACAUUCUGGACUUUAUAGUGGUCAGUGGUGCCCUGGUAGCCUUUGCGUUCACCGGCGGCAGUGGAGGAAGCAGUAAGGGGAAGGACAUCAGCACCAUCAAGUCACUGCGUGUGUUAAGAGUCUUAAGACCACUGAAAACCAUCAAACGCCUGCCGAAGCUUAAGGCUGUGUUUGACUGCGUGGUGAACUCUCUGAAAAAUGUGCUGAACAUCCUCAUUGUCUACAUGCUCUUUAUGUUCAUCUUCGCUGUGGUGGCAGUGCAGCUCUUCAAGGGCAAAUUUUUCUACUGCACUGAUGAGUCCAAAGAAUUUGAACGUGACUGCAGGGGUGAAUACCUGGUGUAUGAACGAGAUAAUGAAGUCAAGGCACAGAAACGAGAAUGGAAGAAAUAUGAUUUCCACUAUGACAAUGUGCUUUGGGCUUUGCUUACGCUCUUCACUGUUUCUACGGGAGAAGGCUGGCCACAGGUUUUGAAACACUCCGUCGAUGCGACUUAUGAGAACCAGGGUCCAAGUCCUGGCUACCGCAUGGAGAUGUCCAUCUUUUACGUCGUCUACUUUGUGGUCUUCCCCUUCUUUUUUGUCAACAUCUUUGUUGCCCUGAUCAUCAUUACCUUCCAGGAACAAGGGGACAAGAUGAUGGAGGACUACAGCCUGGAGAAGAAUGAGAGAGCCUGCAUCGACUUUGCCAUCAACGCUAAGCCUCUGACUCGCCACAUGCCACAGAAUAAGCAGACAUUCCAGUACCGCAUGUGGGAGUUUGUGGUGUCGCCGCCGUUUGAGUACACCAUCAUGGCCAUGAUCGCCCUCAACACCAUUGUCCUCAUGAUGAAGUAUGAUGGAGCUUCAGAUGUCUAUGAGAAGAUGCUGGCCAACCUGAACAUUGUGUUCACAUCGUUGUUCUCUUUAGAAUGUCUGCUGAAGAUCAUUGCCUUUGGUGCACUGAAUUAUUUUAAAGACGCCUGGAAUAUCUUUGACUGUGUGACGGUCCUUGGCAGCAUCACCGAUAUUUUAGUCACAGAGCUAGGGAUGAAUAACUUCAUCAAUUUGAGUUUUCUGAGACUCUUCAGGGCUGCUCGUCUUAUUAAGCUCCUCAGGCAGGGUGAAACUAUUCGCAUUCUACUCUGGACUUUUGUUCAGUCUUUUAAGGCCUUGCCUUAUGUGUGCCUACUCAUUGCCAUGCUGUUCUUCAUCUAUGCCAUCAUUGGCAUGCAGCUGUUUGGAAACAUUGCAAUCGAGGAGGACAAAGACAGCUCCAUCAACCAGCAUAACAACUUCAGGACUUUUUUCCAGGCUCUUCUUCUCCUUUUCAGGAGUGCAACAGGAGAGGCAUGGCAUGAUAUAAUGCUGUCAUGUUUGGGAGGGAAGGGAUGUGAUCCCCUCUCUGGGAACAUGGAGCCAGAGUGUGGAAGCGAGUUUGCAUACCUUUACUUUGUCUCCUUCAUCUUUCUCUGUUCCUUCCUGAUGUUGAAUCUCUUUGUGGCUGUGAUCAUGGAUAAUUUUGAGUAUCUGACAAGAGACUCCUCGAUUCUGGGACCUCAUCACCUGGAUGAGUAUGUGAGGAUCUGGGCAGAAUAUGACCCUGCAGCAUGUGGCAGGAUCAGUUACAGGGAUAUGUAUGACAUGCUCAGGCAAAUGUCUCCACCAUUAGGACUGGGGAAGAAGUGCCCUGCACGGGUUGCAUACAAGAGACUCCUGCGAAUGGAUUUACCAGUCGCAGAUGACAACACAGUGCACUUCAACUCCACCCUCAUGGCCUUAAUCCGCACUGCUCUGGACAUCAAGAUCGCCAAGGGUGGGGAAGGGGGUGUUGAUAAGCACCAAAUGGAUGCUGAGCUGAGAAAAGAGAUGAUGGCAAUUUGGCCCAAUCUCUCACAGAAGACUCUGGACCUGCUGGUCACACCUCACAAGGCAGCGACAGACCUGACAGUGGGGAAGAUUUAUGCAGCCAUGAUGAUUAUGGAGUAUUAUAGGCAGAGCAAAGCCAAGCGCACUCAGGCUCUUCGAGAUGAACAGAAUCGAACGCCAUUAAUGUUUCAGCGCCUGGAGCCACCGUCACCGACGCAGAAUGCUGGUCAGGGACUCAAUGGUCUUUCUGAACCACAACUGGACACUAACAACUUGGCCGUGGAUGGGGGCAUCCCGGAGAGCCAGUCAUGGGUCACGGCCAGAGCUCAGGAGAUGUCUCAGAAGGCAGGCAGCUGGAGCCCAGAAGGCCAGCCAACAGAGGACAUGACUGAUAACCGUCCCACAUCGCAGACGGUAGAGAUGAGAGAGAUGGGGCGGGACGGGUUCUCGGACACUGAGCCCUUCCUGCCAAUGGAAGGCUACAGCAGGGCAGCUUCCAUGCCUCGACUCGCGGCAGAAAACCAACAGCAGCCAAGGAGGAGAGGAAGGCAUCGAGGGAAUAACCUCAGUACUAUAACAGAUAACAGCCCUAUGAAGCGAUCAGCCUCAUCACUUGGCCAUGGCCGUUUGGGAAGGGGACCACGGGCUGAUGAUUAUGCAGUGGACCGAGUGAUGCCAGAGGAAGGACCCCGGCAUGGACAUCGCCGCCGGGAUCGCAGCCACCGAGCCUCUGAGCGAUCGCUCAGCCGCUACACUGAUGCUGAUACAGGUCUUGGCACAGAUCUGAGCACCACCACACAAUCGGGUGACAUGCCUCCUAAAGAAAAAGAUCGCGAACGUGGCCGUGCCAAAGAGCGACGACACCAUCACCACCACCACCACCAUCACCAUCACAGCUCAGUGGAGAAGGAGCACUACACACCUGAGAGAGAGCGAGGAGACUACGGGCACCGGCAACGACGCUGGUCCCGGUCACCCAGUGAGGGCCGAGAGUGCCUCACUCACCGACAGGGCAGUAGUUCGGUGAGCGGCAGCCCCGUGCCCUCAACAUCUGGGACAAGUACACCUCGGCGAGGUCGACGCCAGCUGCCCCAGACACCUGCCACCCCACGCCCACAUGUCACCUACUCACCUGUGGUCCGUAAACCAGUUGGUACACCGCCUUCAGGUCCACAGAGCCGCCUACCCACCCCAACCCAGAGGCGUUUCUCUCCACCUGUGCCUGAUCCAUCUGUACCCUCUCAUCAUGGCUCUGGCCGUCGUCCCCGCUGGGGCCCAGGCUCUUCUGAUGGCGCCCCUGGUGAUGGCUUUUCUGAUUUUGAACGAGGGAACCAUGGGUGUGAGCCACCCGCCUACGAGCCAAACCCAGGACAGGGCAACCCGCACCCACAUAACCCACCACCGCACCCACGUUCACCUAGGACUGCUCGACCCCCUGGUGCUCGUCGCAUGCCUAAUGGGUACCGUUCCUCCUCACCCUCACCACAGCAACAUGCACCCCCCCACAGCGCAUCUCACAAGCCUCCGCAUCCCAGAGGGCCCAGGAAAGGGCUGCAUGAACCCUACAGUGAAACAGAUGAGGAUGACUGGUGCUAGCCUCUGGGAGAGGGGAGGGAGGGAGCAAGGACAUAAGAAAGAAAGGAAGAGAUCACACUGUAAGUUGCUGGAAUAAGACACAAUCAAUCAGAGACUAGAUAUUUAGAUAUGGGAGGUGGGUUUUCCUUGGAAUCUUGAAUCCUCUGAGAAAAUGGAAUGACAAAGGGUAGAUUAAAAUAAUUUGGGAACAGCACAGAAAAGAGACUUCAGUCAAGAGGGAGGCAGAUCCCUGACACUCCGUGCUCUAGGACUAACACCAGGAAUUGUGUUGGUGCUAGUGAUGGGCAGAAGUGAUGGGGUUGGAGAGGACAAAUGUUAGGGAUAGAGAACAUGACAGCGUUUGCUUUUGCAGGACCCAAUCAGCAGGCAAGGGUCACUUGUGUAAGUGUGCAUGUUUCAGAAAAGCACAGCAGAAGUGUGCUGGGAGGCUCAGGGGAAAAUUGAGGCAUGCUUCCCUUCUUUUUAUUGUUUUCCUUUUCUUUUUCUCUACUGCCUGCUUUUCCUGCACAGGACUGGAUGAUUUAGGAAAGAUGAAGUGGGUUGGGGUGGGGGAUAAGAAAAUCUGAAAAAUAACUCUUUGUAAAGGAAAAGAAAAUUCAAGAUUGCUCCUUUUGGCAAGAGGAAUUUCUGCUUUGCUGAAACUGUUGUGUAUCUUCUGCAGACAAAAUGACAAAUGGCACAAUUGUGGUGAAUAGACCUCAGAAAAGGUGAUGAGUUCACAAUCUGAACAUGGAGAUUGACCAAUGGCUUUAUUCAACUUGACUGGAGCACCAUCUAUUGCAAAAAUCCACCCACAUGUUGGGUA